AUGGAGAAGCUGGCGGCCGGGCUGGCGGGCCUGCGCUGGAGCAUGGGCGCCUUCCCGCUCGACCUCAUCGUCAGCCGCUGCCGCCUGCCCACGCUCGCCUGCCUCGGGCCAGGAGAGUAUGCCGAGGGCGUCAGUGAGCGAGACAUCCUGCUUAUUCACUCCUGCCGGCAGUGGACCACAGUGACAGCCCACACCCUGGAGGAGGGCCACUAUGUCAUCGGACCCAAGAUUGACAUCCCCCUGCAGUACCCAGGGAAGUUCAAGCUCCUAGAGCAGGCCCGGGACGUGCGGGAGCCGGUGAGGUACUUCAGCAGCGUGGAAGAGGUGGCCAGUGUCUUCCCCGACCGCAUCUUUGUGAUGGAAGCCAUCACCUUCAGUGUCAAGGUGGUGUCGGGUGAGUUCAGCGAGGACAGCGAGGUGUACAACUUCACGCUGCACGCGGGCGACGAGCUCACGCUCAUGGGCCAGGCGGAGAUCCUGUGCGCCAAGACCACCAAGGAGCGCUCGCGCUUCACCACGCUGCUGCGCAAGCUGGGCCGGGCCGGGGCGCUGGCCGGGGUGGGUGGCGGCGGCGGCCCGGGGAGCGCGGGGGCUGGGGCCGGCGGCGGGGGCGCCAGGCCCCUCAAAGGCAAGAUGCCCUGCCUCAUCUGCAUGAACCACCGCACCAACGAGAGCCUGAGCCUGCCCUUCCAGUGCCAGGGCCGCUUCAGCACGCGCAGCCCGCUGGAGCUGCAGAUGCAGGAGGGCGAGCACACGGUGCGCGCCAUCAUCGAGCGCGUGCGCCUCCCGGUGAACGUGCUGGUGCCCAGCCGGCCGCCGCGCAACCCCUACGACCUGCACCCGGUGCGCGAGGGCCACUGCUACAAGCUGGUGAGCAUCAUCUCCAAGACCGUGGUGCUGGGGCUGGCGCUGCGCCGCGAGGGCCCCGCGCCGCUGCACUUCCUGCUGCUCACGGACACGCCGCGCUUCGCGCUGCCGCAGGGCCUGCUGGCCGGGGACCCGCGCGUCGAGCGCCUGGUGCGCGACAGCGCCUCCUACUGCCGCGAGCGCUUCGACCCCGACGAGUACUCCACGGCCGUGCGCGAGGCGCCCGCCGAGCUCGCCGACGACUGCGCCAGCCCGCGCCGCGCGCGCCUCUGCCUGCCCGCGCCCCCGCGCGCCCCGCGCCCGCGCGCCCCCGCGCCGCCCGGCGACGGCGACCAGGAGUACGUGAGCCCCGAGUGGGCCGGCGCGCCCGAGCCCGCCGCGCCGCCCCCCGAGAUCCCCUACGAGGAGCUGUGGACGCACCAGGCCGCCGAGGGCCUCGCCGAGGGCCGCGCGCGGCCGCCCCCGGGGCCCGACCUCAUCUCCUUCGGGGCCUCCGGCUCGCCCCGCCAGGAGCCCGAGGCGCCGCCGCCUCCCGUGCCCCCAAGUCCGAGGCGCGGGACAGCUCCUGAGGACGGGGGUGGAGUCCUGGCCCUCUGCUUGCAGGUGAAGGAGGAGUGCCGCCUGCUCAACGCCCCGCCUGUGCCUCCCCGGGGUGGCAAUGGCAGCAGCCGGCUCUCGGGCAGCCCUCCGGUGCCCCCACGCUUCCCCAAGCUGCAGCCUGUCCACUCACCCAGCUCCAGCCUCUCCUACUACUCCUCCGGCCUCCAGGAUGGGGUGGGCUCCCGCAGUGGCAGUGGCUCUCCGUCGCCGGAUGCCUACUCCCUCUAUUGCUACCCUUGCACCUGGGGAGACUGCAAGGUGGGCGAGUCCUCUAGCCGCCCACCCCCGGGACCCCUGCCCUCGACCACGCAGCCCAGCCAGGCCUCCUGGGUCCUCACAGAGCCCCUGAGCAGUCGAGCUGCCUCCCUCUUGGGGACUGACAGCCCUGUCAAGACCUACCACAGCUGCCCGCCUCUGUUCAAGCCUGCUCACCCCCAGAAACGCUUUGCUCCUUUUGGAGCUCUCAACCCCUUUUCCGGGCCUGCCUACCCCUCAGGCCCUGCGGCGGCCUCCUCUUCUGGGCCCACAGCCACCUCGGGGCCCCUGGCUACCUCCAGCCCUGCUUAUUCCCCAGGCCCAGGCUCUCCAGGCCAGACUUUUGCAGCUGCUCCCACCUCCUCCUGCCCUACCUCCUCCUCCUCUUCCUCUGAGUGGCAGGAACCAGUCCUGGAGUCCUUUGAUCCCUUUGAGCUGGGGCAGGGCAGCUCUCCAGAGCCCGAGCUGCUGCGCUGUCAGGAGCCCAGAGCUGCGGGGGCAUCUGGGCCUGGACCCUGUCUUUCACCACUUGGCCCUCCCAAGGCCUUUGAGGCUGAAGGUUUGGUGCUGCGGCAGGUCCCUGCCCCACUGUCACCAGCGGCCCUGCAGGGGCCGGAGGCAGGCGGAACUCGACUCCUUCUCACCCAAGGGCGCCUGGAAGGGCCUCCUGCCAGUCCUCGGGAUGGUGCUGCAGGCUGGGGAGGCCGGGAUGCGUCCUCCUGGCAGCCCCCCGCUGACCUGUCUGCACUCUCUCUGGAGGAAGUCUCUCGAAGUCUGCGUUUCAUAGGGCUCUCAGAGGAUGUGGUGAGCUUCUUCGCCCGAGAACGCAUUGAUGGCAGCAUCUUUGUCCAGCUCAGUGAGGACAUCCUGGCUGACGACUUCCACCUCACCAAGCUGCAGGUCAAGAAGAUCAUGCAGUUCAUCAAAGGCUGGCGGCCCAAGAUCUGACCUUCCCCGUGGGCAGCUGCACAACUUGGCAGGCUGGCCAAGAGGCCCUGGGGCCAGCCGCGGCUGCAGGGGCAGCACUCCCGGAGCUGGGGAGAAGGGAUGCCAAGACUGAGGCUGCUAGGCUGCCAGAGUGACUCCAGGGAGACACACUUGGAAAUGGGGUCCUCUGGGGCCAGGCCCCUGCGUGGAACGUCUUGCCUUCGAGGGGGAAAGGACUGGAGGCACCACUGCCAUGUGGGCCUGGUGACUCUUGCCAUGAUUCCCAGGGAGGAGGGUGAAAGCUGGCCUUCAUGGUGCCCUCACCCCUUCGCAACCCCUGCUGCGGAGCUUCAGACAUCUUGCACUUCUUGAACUUGUAGGUUCAGGUUAGAGACAGGGAGGAGGGUCCGUAACCUAAGCACAAAUUCCCCAAGUGCCCUCUCCUUUGCGCUCUGUGGGCAUUUGGUGGAAGCUGCCUGAGUCAGAGUGGUGAUUUCUGGAUCUCUGGGGUGCCCUUCCUUCCCCCUGCUGCUCCACCACAAUGCAGGGCCAGACCCUGAGCACAGAAAUGUCAAGUGCAAGCCUGUGGCCCCGCACUGCUGAGGCUCUGCCUCUGGGUUCUGGCUCGUGGAAGAGCACAGCUCUGCUGUUGACCUACUGAUCUCCUUAGGGAGGCAGAUGCACCCCCACUCGCUGUGCCUCUAGCACCCUCACUUCUGCCCUGAGCUCCAGCCAACUGGCCCUCCAUCCUGCCAGGGUGGGUCCCGUCCGGGAUGAUUGUGCCACCAUGGAAGAGCAGAUUGUGGGCAGCUGCUCCUUGAUUCGAGAGACAGGUGGCCUCGGUCAUUCCAGUCUCCUGUCCCCAUCACCCGACUGUGGCAAACACGAUGUCUUUCCCUGGUUUUCUGUCACUGCCACAGGAGGGUAUAGAUGGGAAAGCAUGUGGUGUGGGGAAAUUGACCUUUCCUUUCCCUGUGGAACUCAGUCCUGGGCUUAGCCACAUGCUUCAAAGCAGGCCUGCAUGCCCUGGAAUGGGGCUCUGCUGGGCACCCAGCAUGCUGCCAUUGUGUACAACCACCCCGGACUGUGCCCGCCGGCUCCCCUACCCAGAGCCAUAGAGUGUCCUCAUGACCACGGUGUCAGGCCCAGAGGGACAGCGUUUUCUGCCUUACCUAGCCUGUCUAGAUAUUUAUUUCCUCUACUUUUCUGUCUUAAGAGUAGCGAAGCCACACUGGUGCUCAUGCCCCAAGCAGGCUGCCUCAGCUCUGAGGCCAGGGGAGCAGAAACUGAUGCCGAGGCAUCUGCUUUUCUAGCUGGUCACAUCCUGAAUCCUCAAUGACUAGAGAAAUAAACUCAAGCCACUGAAGCAUAGUGCAAGUGGAGCCCUGGGUGUCACCGCUUGCUUCUUUUGGAGACCGUGGGGAUGACAGGCUGCUGCACACAGGCGGGCAGGAGAGGACUCUGGAAUGGGGGGGUGGGUGUUCCGUUUGUCUGUUCCCUGGAGGCAGCUGCUAGCGCUAGCCCUUGUGCCUUUCUGAAUGCCCCUCACCAGCCCCAGCCUUAAGAGAAUCUUCCAACUCCCACGAAUGUUUCACAAUUCACACUUACCUCGUGCCACUGAACGGAAGUCCAGACUUAAAGAUGAGUGCCGCUAGCCAGGGCCCAAAUUUACUGUCCCACCUAAGAGGCCUGUUAAUCUGUUAAUGGCCUUGCGCAGAGGACCAGUUCUCUAUCUUCCAAAGGCUGUCUGGUAACUACCACUGAGAGAUGACUUGGCAUUAGAGUCUGGCUCCCUUGCAACCAAUGUCAGUGUGUAGUAGCACCAGGGCGAGGCUCCUGGCCUGCUAUCCUGGGACCGGGAGCAGAGACAGGAGUCAUCACUGGUCUCAUCACAUCAUGGGACCUGAGUUGAUUCCACACACACUCAGUGUGCAUCCUUCUGCUGACCCAGUCAGGAGCCCAACACUGCUCACCAGACCACUGCUGUGCCCAGGGGUGGGGGGAGCGGCAGAGGUGCAAGUAGCAGGAGGGAGGUGGUG